AUGUCGUACGCUCUUCCACGCACCGGUCCUGAUGCGGGACGAUCACGAUUCCAAUCGCAAGAUGCUUCUACUGCCAGUGCAGGUGUGGCUGAGAAAAUAGGAGGAAUGUUUGGCGAUAGGAGGCCCUCGUUGCCCAUGUACAAGGACAAACCCUUUGCAACUUCUUCUCAAAGAUUGCCUUGGUUCAGGAGGAAACGUGUCCUCGCUGCCUUGCUGGUCGCCUUUACCACUGCCUUUUACUGGAUGGGCAUGUUCAGUGCUUCCACCCCUACCCUUCUGAAGCCUAAGAAGCCUGCAAAUUGGGAAGAGCGAAGGGACCAAGUAAGAGAUGCUUUCAAGCUGAGCUGGUCGGCAUAUGAACAACAUGGCUGGGGCUACGACGAAUUCAAGCCUGUCUCACAGACGGGCCGUCAUAUGGUCAAGGGUGGUAUGGGUUGGAUCAUAGUAGAUGCUCUCGACACCCUCAUGCUCAUGAACCUCACUACCGAGCUCUCCCACGCCAGAGACUGGGUCUCGACCGCCCUCAACUACGAUAUUGACCAUGAUGUAAACACCUUUGAGACAACUAUCCGUAUGCUCGGUGGUUUAUUAUCUGCUCAUUAUUUGUCCACCACCUUCCCCGACUAUGCUCCUUUGACAAGCCACUCCGCUACUGGUGCUUCCAUCAGCGAAGACUUGUACCUGGAAAAGGCCGCUGAUCUGGCUGAUCGUCUGCUCGGCGCAUACGACUCUGAAUCUGGUGUUCCUUACGCCAGCGUCAAUCUUCACACUGCAAAGGGCAUUCCUUCUCACGAUGAUGGCGGUGCUUCUUCGACCGCUGAAGCCACCAGUCUCCAACUCGAAAUGAAGUACCUGGCUAAGCUGACUGGUGAGGUGCAUUACUGGGAAAAAGCUGAGAAGGUCAUGAAAGUCGUUGACGACAAUGGCAUGGAAGACGGUCUUCUACCCAUCUUCAUCUACGCCCAGACCGGAAACUUCAGAGGCAACAACAUCAGAUUGGGCAGCCGUGGUGACUCUUAUUACGAAUACCUCAUCAAGCAGUAUCUGCAAACUUCAAAGCAGGAGCCUGUUUACCAGGAGAUGUGGGACCAGUCUUUGACUGGUAUCCAGAAGCAUCUUAUCACAUAUUCCGAGAAGGCCAACCUCACCAUCCUUGGUGAACGCCCCCAAGGUCUCGACCACCCGAUAUCACCUAAGAUGGACCACUUGGAAGGCGAGAUCGAGCUAGCAAAGCAGCUCAUGAAGACCUGCUGGGCGACGUACAAGGUCACUGCCACCGGCCUUGCUGCAGAAAUCACCCACUUUGAAAUGCACGAUCCUCCUGCCAUGAUGCCUGAUGGCAUUCUCCAAUCACCAGACACACUGUCUGACGACCACGAAGCCGAGUGGAAGAAAGACUUGAUCAUCAAAGGCGCCGACUCGCACAACCUGCAACGUCCUGAGACUGUCGAGAGUCUGUUCUACAUGUGGCGCAUCACCGGCGACGACAUCUACAGAGAGUGGGGCUGGGAGAUGUUCGAGUCAUUCGUCAAGCACACCGCUGUCGAUCACAAUGGCGGCUACACGAGUAUCAACGAUGUCACUUCUGUCCCUACAACUUCGAGAGACAACAUGGAGAGUUUCUGGCUUGCAGAAACAUUAAAGUACUUCUACCUCCUGUUCGGACCUAACGAUGUCUUACCACUAGACAAAGUUGUCUUCAACACUGAAGCUCACGCAUUCCCUACCUUUGAAUUGGGCAAGCUUUUCAAGACUGGAUGGAAGCGCAAGCCUAGAGACUCUAAUGGGCAGAUUGUUGAAACAGCUGCUCCUCGCGAUGCCAUCACUGGCGAUGUGAAGAAGGAAGCACCGGCUGCAGCUGCAGCUGCAGGCAUCAAAACAGUAACGGUAGAGGGUGCUAAGACAUUGGCGGUCGAGAAGCCGGUCAAGGUAGAAGAAGCACAGUUCUAA